AUGCCAUCCAACAGACGCAAUAUUCUUAGUGUGCGUGGUUAUGGUGGAUCGCUCAUCCUCCACCGCUACAUAUUUGUGGCCUCCAACUUUUCCAAUCCGGGAAUAUUUUCAACAUUCCGUCAGCCUUUCCUUCACUUCUAUCACGAGACCAAACGUUUCUGCUAUACUACGGACUUCCUGGCCACGGAGUGUGGAGCUUUGGAUUGA